AUUGUUUUUUCAUAGAUAGCCAACUCACUCCUGCUGCUCCGGAUAAUCCCUGGCCAUUCAUGCUCUGUUUAUCGCUCUCCCUGUCUCCCAAAUUCUCAUUUCCAUAAUGCAUAUUUCUCGGUCCCGAAUGCCGUAACUUCAACGUCGUUUUUGUCAACCUCCAUCCAGAAAUCCUAACCCACCUAGCUAAGCCGAUAGAUGCUGGUGAUGCUGAGAGACUGAGAUCUCUGUUGCAGGCUUCACAUGCUCACGAAGAGCGUUAUCCCGGCGGCUUGCUUCAAGGCAACUGAGGAAUCGCAUCCCACUUCCUCGGCAACGGCGGUUGCAGCUACAAAGGUCCAAUCAUCAUCUUUUCAAGCAUCUUCUUUGUCGAUUGGGUUCAUGGAAAAGGAUCAUGGAAACAAUUUUUUUUUUGUUCUGAUUUGUCAGAUUCAUUUAAAGAUUGGUUGUAGUUCUCAAGAGGAAAUCAGCCUAGGGUUCAUGUCACUCUGCGUCUCUCUUAUCUUGGGAAACAACAAGUUAGGUGGGAAUUUUUCCGGCCGUCCUGUCUUUUCUGUGUCCCCUUCCAUCAUGUGGUGUAGCUCAUAUUAUCAAAGUCAGAAAUUGGAAAGGCCAGUUGAACAUUCCCUAUCCAGGAAAAUCACAUGGAGGUGCACUGUACCAGGUAUGGUUUCAUGUGGUUCUUAUCUGUUGAUUUCUUGAAAGUUUCAGUUGUUCUUGCUGUUUUUUUGUUUGUUAAGGUUUAGCCCCUCUCAUUAUUUGUGUCUAUGGUGUUGAAUGGAGAUGGAUAUGGACUCAUAUUUUGUUUUGCCUACAUUUUCAUAUCCAAUUUCAAUUCAAAAAGGUCAGCCUCUUUGAUACAAGUAGGACUAAUUGUGAUGCAUUUGUGUGCUUCAUUUAAUUAUAACCAAAGUAGAACCCUUAAAUCCUAUAUAUCAACUGAUGAAUCCAUUUUUAAUCUUUUACUUUCUAUAUAUCCAAGAAAUUCAUUUAGUUUUUAUACUGUUUUCUGUAUUCAGGAUCAUGUUCUUUCGUUUUAUGUUUGAUUUCAAAUUUUAUGAAGCACUCUCAUAAUUAUAUUGAGAGUACACCCAUUGAAUACAAUAUUCAAAUUUCAUUAAUCUAUUUGUAUUUUUUUAUUUUCUGUAUAUUCAACAAAUCUAUCAAGUUUAGAUAAAGUGGUUUGGUGAUUACAUAUGGGCUAUGUGAAUCAUGAUGAGGGAAUGGGUUUUCUACCUAAUCUGUUCUAUUUGUUGUUUUGUGAUUGACAAGAAUUGAUGUGUAUCUUACUGUUUGUUCCUUUAUAUAGUUUGAUUUGAUUGUAGAUGAAUUCAUUCCCAAUUUCAUUCUCUCCUAUUCAACUUUUGCAUACCAAUUUCCAUUUUAAUUCAGUAAUCUAUUUGGAUUUUUUGGGUGUUUUCUAUGAUUUGCUUGAUUUUGUUUCAAAUAAAUGCUAAUUUACUAAUUUUUAUACUGUAAUCUGUUAGUAGAUGAAGAUGUAUAAGAGAUCAAUUGAGAAUGGAGUUGAAAAGAAAAUUAUCUUUUUUUUCACUUUCAGAAUGACCCAAACAAAA